AUGGAGAAUCUCACAGUAAGUGAAGUUUUAUUCACAUAUUAUUUGUGAAACGGUUCAUUCAAAAGAUAACAGCCUGAAAAAAGGAUAUAUAAUGAGGCAAAAACUACUGGCUUUACAGGAUAUCCUCUUUAAGCAGAUUCUACAACACAUGUUGUAUCCAGGCCAAUUAAAAUGUAACUGGUUCAAACUCAAGACGUACCUUUUUAGUCUUGGUUUAAACUAAAUUUUAUAUCAUAAACUUAAUUUUAAGUUAUUAGCUAUUUUGGUGCUCUUAUUUUCAUUUUUUGUUUUUUUUUUUUACUUAAAUUUUAUUUUAUGUUCAUAGGUCUUUAAAUUGUAACCUAACCUCCAGCAUUUCCUCAUCUUGACUUUGAGAUGGCGUUUCCUCAGUGUGCAUAUUCCUGCUUUUACUAAAUAAAGCUCUUUUCAAAUCAAUGCAUUUUAAAACUCGCUGCUGUUGUGUUUGGAUUGCAGGGUGGGGAUAAGGGGACAGAGAUUGGGUGGGGAACAGUCGAGUAUUCUUUCUUUCUUUCUUUCUUUCUUUCUUUCUUUCUUCUUGUGUGUAUAGCACUUUGUGCUACAUUAUCUUGUAUGAAAAAUGCCAUACUAAUAAAGAUUGAUGAUUGAUCUUAGCUAUUCUCAUUAGAAAUCUGUGACUGUGUGCUAGUUGGUCAAAUUUGCCACACCUUUGCACAUCUAAGUAUUUCUCAAAAUCUGAUCCCAGUUUGUUUUUGUCUUUGCAAAUUGAAUUUUUACCUUAAAACUUUUCCUGUAAAAUUUUGGAUCAGAUUAGAUAUUGGAGAUCUUAUAAUGGAGCUUGUCCUUUCCUGCCCUUCAGCCAGAGCAAUGGCGCGAGAUCAUGAACAGGAAGAUGAGGUUCCCCCCAGAGCUCAUCAGUGCCAUCCAGGAGGGGAAAAUUCAACUGCUGUGUGGAUUGUUAAAGACUGGCGAUGGCAUCAUCCGACAGCUGGAUGAAUCUGAGGAUCGUCAGUGGAGGGAAGCCCUCAACCUGGCCAUCCGCCUGGGUAAUGAAGAUGCAAUGGAUGCCCUCCUCCAGGGGGUGAAGUUCGACUUCCGACAGAUUCAUGAGGCCCUGCUUGUCGCUGUAGACACCAACCAGCCCAGAGUUGUAAAGCGUCUGCUGGAUCGACUGGACCAGGAGAAAGGCAACAAAAUGGACGUACGCUCCUUCUCUCAGGCCAUCUUUGACCGCUCCAUUGACAACUCCCAGUUUGCCCCAGGUGUGACUCCUCUGACUUUGGCCUGCCAGAAAGACUUGUAUGACAUCGUCACCAUGCUCACCCAAAAAGGUCACAUCAUCCCAUGGCCCCAUAAGAUAUCCUGCGCCUGUCUGGAGUGCCGUAACGGUCGGCAGUAUGACUUGCUCAAGUUCUCCUUGUCUCGUAUUAACACCUACCGUGGCAUUGCCAGCCGUGCCUACCUGUCCAUUACCUCUGAUGAUGCCAUGCUUAGUGCUUUUAGUCUUAGCAGAGAGCUGCGCAAACUCUCACAAAAAGAGCCGGAGUUCAAGGUGAGAUGUCCUAAUACAUUAAUUAGCUCUAAACAUGUUGGUAUCACUGUUGUUACAUGAUAAGGUUUGGUGCCUCUCUUCCACAGCCUCAGUACCUGGCUCUGGAGCAGCUCUGUCAGGACUUUGCUGUGGAGUUGUUGGGCAUGUGUCGCAACCAAAGUGAGGUGACCACAAUCCUGAACAGCUGCGGAGAUCAAAGCCAGGAGGCUUUGGACGAACAGGCGUUUGAGAAGGACAUACCCAACCUUUCACGUCUAAGGCUCGCUAUAAACUACAACCAAAAGCAGGUAAGUAGAUGCAGGUAUUAACCCACAGGCGGGGCAAAAAGACAUACUCUUGUCACAUAAUGUGUCUUUGUGCUGUGUGUUCCCAGUUUGUGGCCCACCCAAUCUGCCAGCAGGUGCUGUCAUCUAUCUGGUGUGGGAACCUGUCAGGUUGGAGAGGUAGCAGAACAGCCUGGAAGUUGCUUGUCUCUGUGGGGAUCUUCCUCACCAUGCCCCUUCUCUGCCUUGUCUACUGGGUCGCACCAAAGUCAAAGGUCAUGUUGAACCAAUUUGAGAUCAGAUUAAGUUAAGGAAAUAUGAUGGAAAUAAUGAACAAACGUGUCUCUUGCCCUCACUUUCUCUCUGUUUUCUGGCUUCUACAGGUAGGAAAGAUACUCAAGAUUCCUGUGAUCAAGUUCCUUCUCCACUCAGCCUCAUAUCUGUGGUUCCUCAUUACCUUACUUGGAGAAUCAAUAACAAUGGAGAUGUAUCGAGACAAGUUUGCUUCUCGGCAGCAGAACAUGCUGCACAGCUCCAUCCACAUGGUGUGGGUGGUCGGUAUGUCAACUCUUUCUUUCCAACUCCUGUCUUAUUGUGCAUUAACAGGAAACUUAGUCCUUGAAACAGUAAAGUUUUUGCAUUUGUUCUUUGCUGUUCCUGCAGGAUUCUUCUGGUAUGAGUGUAAGGAAGUGUGGAUCGAGGGACUUAGAAGUUACUUUCUGGACUGGUGGAACUGCUUGGACGUGAUGGUGCUGAGCAUGUACCUGGCAUCGUUUGCGUUGCGUGUGCUUAUCAUGCUGAAAGGAUACUUCCUCUGCAGUGAUCAAAGUGGCACAGAGGAAUGUAUCUACUUCACCCAAACAGGUAAGUCGUCAAUAUGAAAUGGUUGCUGAAGCUCUUAGAAAUUCUCUGACCAAGAGAUUUUGUACAAUCAUCUUGCAGUGCGUGAUGACUGGCACCAGGAGGACCCCCAGUUAAUUGCAGAGAUCCUGUUUGCAGUGACCAGCAUGCUUAGCUUCACACGUUUGGCGUACAUCCUGCCUGCUCAUGAGUCUUUGGGGACUCUUCAGAUUUCCAUCGGGAAGAUGAUUGAUGAUAUGAUGAGGUGUGAGCUCUUUUUGUUGCAUCAUCUGCAUAUUUGAAAACUGACCACUGCCUGAAAGGGAAGAUGAGUUUUUGACAGAGCCAAAUUGUUUUUAUUCUUUCAAAGGUUCAUGUUUAUUCUGAUGAUCAUUGGAACAGCCUUCCUCUGUGGGAUCAAUAAUAUCUAUGUGCCUUACGUCGUCUCCCCACAUCUUGGCAAGUAAGAACAUGAGAUCUUGACUUUUACAGUGUUUAGGUCUAUGAACUCAAGAGAUGAUACCAACCUGGAGACAAAGUGACUCUUUGAGGCUGAACUCAACUACACUGAUUUAUGAUAAUUAUAAAGAAACAACUGGACACUUUGUUUUUUCAUCUGAUAAUAAUUUAUGAGGCUCCAGGGAUUAGCAUGAGCUUCACACAGAGUAUGUAGCUCUGCAUGAUAGCUGAAAAUAGAGAAAUGCCUGUGAAUGUUCAAAGGUGGUUUUGUUUCAUUCAGACAAUUAAUGAAAGGCAAAAUCCUGUGUACUAUGAUCUUUUAUUCACUAACAGUAAAAAUAACCAAUGCCAGUCAAGAUAUUAGGAAGUAUCAUCAUGCUAACCCACUCCUCUGCUCUGCUGCAGGUUCAAUGAGACGUUCCAUUUCUUAUUUUGGACCAUGUUUGGAGUGGCAAACCAGGACUACGUGGACAUGCCACAGUUCGUUUUGGCAGAGUUCGUUGGAAGGAUUCUUUACGGCAUCUUCACACUUGUCAUCGUCAUUGUACUGCUCAACAUGCUCAUUGCUAUGAUCACCAACUCCUUUCAGAAAAUCGAGGUGAUUUUUUAUUUUCGAUGUCACAUCUUGAACACAUGUGAAAUACUUGAGCUGACAUCUGGAUGCUUCUGUUUAAGGAUGAUGCUGAUGUUGAGUGGAAAUUUGCCAGGUCAAAGUUAUACCUGAGUUACUUUAGAGAGGGCCUCACCAUGCCUGUGCCCUUCAACAUCAUUCCCUCGCCCAAAGCUGUCUUCUACAUCUUAAGGUAAGCUCUGACAUUCAAAACCUCUCUGACCUGAAAAAAUACCUGAGUGUUUAUCACUAUUUGAACAUAUUCAUUUAAAAUUAUGUCGCAGGGGUAUCUUCAGGCGAAUCUGCUGCUGCUGCUCAUGUAAUUCUGAAAAUAAAUACCCUCCAAUAACAUCUAUGGUAAGUGUGUCGUAUGAUGUAUAGUAUAGAUAAGGUAGUAGGACUGCAAUGAAAAACAGAAAACAACAGAAAAAUCUUAUAUUCUUGUGUGUUUUAGGCCAAUGAUAAAGGGUCUAACCGCAGCCAGGUACCAUACAGGCAGCAGGUGAUUGGAGCUCUGGUGCAGCGUUAUAUUGAGUCAGCUCGCAAAGAGUUUGAGGAGACCAAGAGGAAAGGUAACCACAAAUCUGCCAUUGUACUGUCAGACAAUGAUUCAUUUCAAACUCCAACCACCUCACAAAUCUGGACUUUCUGUGUGCCUCCUUCUCCCUUUUUAAUAUAAUUGUCUUUUCUACUACUGACUCCUAUUUUCUACUUAAGGUGAUGCUAGUAUCUUAAACAUCCAUCUAUCCAGAAAAAAAUACAACAUGAAUAUGUGGCAUCACUAUAUAAAAUCACUAUAUAAAAAAAAACAGCAACUUUAAUCAAUGUAGAGGCCAUGAAAAACAGCUUGCAGCAUUCUUUCUUUCCAUGUGUUAAUUAUUGUCAAGCUCAGCUUUAUAAGCCAAGCAUGUGUACACAAAAGAUUGACACAGGUUUACACAGCUUUCCAUGUAGGCUACAGACACAAAUACACAACAGCCUUCACCAAUAAAGCAAUGACAUGGAGAGCAAAGGCUGAUAGAAUAAUUCAGUAUGAAAAAACAGAGGUUGUAUUUUUUUUAAUGAUAGAGAAUGCAUCAAAAGAAAUAAAUUAAGAUAAACAUUAGCCACUCUUGGCUUCUGCAUGUUAGAUAAGUUUACUUAAAAUAGCAUCAGCUGUUAGCUUCUGCUUGUUGCAGUAAUGUUAGAGCUAUUCAGGGUCAAGUCGUUACAGUUUGGAAACACAGGCGUUUAGGCCAAUCCUAACUAAAAUGCUCAUGCUGAUUAACUGUUCUCUGAUUUGGAAAGCCAUUUGGUGAGUUAGGACUUCAGUAAACCUACCUUACACAGUAGUGACCCUGGGUUUACAGUGAAGAUUAGCAAAUCAGAGUCUUGCACCAACAAGAGCUUCUUUGUUGACUACACAACUUUUCAGAUUUCCUUAAAUUUACUUUAAAUUAACUUAACUUCUGCUGCUAGCAUUGUUUCUUCAUUUGAAAGCAGAGUAAUAAACUAGCUCAUAACUCCUAGUUUGCUAGCUAGUUUGCGUGUGAGGUAAGAUUGUACAGCUUUGUUAAGCAAGUGAGAAGAGUUUUUGUUGUUAAUUACUUUUUUAAUUUACUACAGUAGAUAGAUGUUUGGUUCAGAAUGAGUGGUGUUUUGUCGCAGUUGUAAACUGGCUAGUCUUCGGUGGUUUCAGUCUGCUGGGGUGGGGUAAGGGAACAGAGGGAGCUCAUGACUAGCUUGGAGGGCUAUGAAAUAGAGACGGUUAUAAAACCAGUUCCAUUUGAAAAUAUGAGAGCUCAUUAUGAAACACCAACUUCUGUUUGAAAAUGGCUAUUGAUCAAAAUCUUUUAGAUUUACUCCAUACUUUUGAGUGAAAUGUUUACACCUAGAGCGAGGAGUUUCAAGAAACAGACUGAAAUGAUGAAGUCCUCAAGUAAAAAAUUAUCACAGAAGCUUGAAGUACUAUCAUGAUGAAAUGUUUAUAAUAUAGUCACUAUGAGGUGCAUUAACUCUCCUCAAUGAAACCAUAUAGUGUUGGAGUGUUAAUUCAGUUUUGGGAAAUAAUGAGUGAUUUGACCAAAAAAAGGGGUCACAUUACAAAAUAAGUGCUUUUAGGAUUUUAAAAGACAAAAAAAUGAUACUGAACUAGGGGAAUGUGUGAGACCAAAUAUAGACAUACAGGGGUAAACUUUUCACUUGAAAGAAAAGUUAAUGCAGCAUUAUUAUGUUCAUCAGUGUGUGACCCUGCCACGUGUCUUUCAUUUGUCGCAUUUAUUCACUGCUGCAGCUUUCUGACAAAAAGUCCUUUAUCCGAACCCACAGCCUGCUGAAAAUGACUAGCCUUAAUUAUCAUUAAAGUGUCUGUUCGGUGUUGUGAUUGAAGUCUCUUCUCUACUCAGAUGUCGGUAAUCGGAUCACAGAGCUGAGCAAAGCAGUCUCCAGGAUGCACAAUGAAAUGAAAGUAAUCGAGCAGCUAAUCAUAGAUGAUGGACACACUGUAAAUGAUGCACUGAACAAGGAUGGCUCCUCCAUUCUGGGGAAAUACAUCAUUGGUGCCAAGAACAACUUCAGAGGUUUUAACAGCAAACAAGAUGAGAAAAACACUUCACUUAAAGUGACUGUGCACCACGGAGAGGAGGUGGUGGAAAAGGAAAAGGUUGACUCGGAUACAAAGCAGUCAGACGUUCAGCAGAAUCAGGUGAGCGAAAGUGGAGCAGAGGAGUCAAAUCCGGUGACAGACUGUGAUGUGGUGAAAAUGGAGGAAGGCAGAGCUGAAGAAGUGAAAGAGGAUGAGAGGGAAAAUCGGAAAAAAGAGCAGGUAGAAUCAGACAAAGAUGAAAAUGGUGGUAAUAAAGUAAUGGAAGAGGUGGUGGGAAGGACAAGCUUGAAUAAUGUAGAGGGAAAAGUAAAUGAGGGCACUGAAGAAGAGGCAGAAAAAACAAAAGAAGAAGAGAUAUCAUCAGGGGCAAAGGUGGGCGAGAAACACGCUGAGACAACCCCCAAACAACCUCCAAAGAUGAAAGUCAACAUUGAAAACAAAGAGACACAGAGAGUGGUGCACAAGUUCAAAGAUAUAGAGCUGCAAGAAAGGAAAGUAGAAGCAAAAAGGUUGGGGAGAAAGUUUGACUAUAAUGUACCCGAGAUGUCUGGGGUUCGAGAGAGCAAAGACAAAGCUGGAGUGAAGAAAACGAUCCCCUCACCCACAGGCAGCAGCAGCUCUCAGGACACAGGCUUUGGCUCUCAGGAGGGGGAGGGAUCCAUUGAUGGGAUACUGGUUAGACCCUAA